ACUUUGCUGCGUUGUUUUGACUCGUCCCAUCGCAUCCUGCGUUUAAACGAGUGACAGUUGGAUAGAAUCUAAACUUUACUCAUGUGUGACCUUUGUUUUAUAUUUUUUCAGUUCUUCUCUUACGGGAACCUGCUUGCUGAACAAAAUCACACCGUUAUUUUUUCGGUGCCCCGGUUGUAGUCAACGUGUUGGUGUAGACGGAGGUCUGCGGAGCUUAAGCUGAAAUCAGUCCGCCGACCCGAUGCUUUCUCCGGGCAAGACCGUGUCCUCCCGGCUGCUGAGGCCGGCCUUGUGGCUUCCUUUUCAAAGUCUGUGUCCUGCGCGGACAGCCGUUAGCCUCAUGCACAAAGAGCUGAUCAAGAAACGUGAACUGGAGAAAGAUGAGCUCCGGCCCCUCUACAUGGACUUCCAGGCGACCACUCCUAUGGACCCUCGUGUGCUGGAUGCCAUGUUGCCAUACCAGGUGAAUUACUACGGUAACCCUCACUCCAGGACUCAUGCCUAUGGUUGGGAGAGCGAGACUGCCAUGGAGACUGCCAGGAAGCAGGUAGCCAGUGUUAUUGGAGCCGAUCCCAGAGAAAUCAUCUUCACCAGCGGAGCCACAGAGUCCAACAACAUGGCCAUCAAGGGCGUGGCCAGGUUCUACCAGGCCAAGAAGCGCCAUGUGAUCACCACUCAGACUGAACACAAAUGUGUCCUGGACUCGUGUCGGAUUCUGGAAACUGAAGGAUUUAACAUCACCUACCUACCUGUCCAGAAGAAUGGACUGCUGGACCUGAAGUUACUGGAGGCCACCAUCUGUCCGGAAACCUCACUGGUGUCUGUGAUGACCAUUAACAACGAGAUUGGAGUCAAGCAGCCCAUCAAGGAAAUCGGUCAGAUUUGCCGAUCCAAAGGAGUCUUCUUCCACACUGAUGCUGCGCAGGCUGUUGGAAAGAUUCCCAUCAGCGUCUCUGACUGGAAGGUUGAUCUUAUGUCCAUUAGUGGUCACAAGAUCUACGGACCCAAAGGCGUGGGCGCUCUGUAUGUGCGACGCCGACCUCGAGUUCGUCUGGAGCCACUGCAGAACGGGGGCGGGCAGGAGAGGGGUCUUCGCUCUGGCACGGUACCCACCCCGCUGGCUGUUGGGCUGGGAGCUGCAUGCAGCGUUGCUCAAGAAGAGAUGGAGUAUGAUCAUCAGAGAGUGUCCAUGCUGGCUAACCGUCUGGUCCAGAAGAUCAUGACUGAGAUUCCUGACGUUGUCAUGAAUGGAGAUCCAGAACAACGGUACCCUGGGUGCAUUAAUCUGUCAUUUGCCUAUGUGGAAGGGGAAAGCUUGUUGAUGGCCCUGAAGGAUGUUGCUCUGUCAUCUGGGAGUGCGUGUACAUCAGCUUCUCUAGAGCCAUCAUACGUUCUCAGAGCCAUCGGAGCAGAUGAGGACCUGGCUCACUCCUCUAUCAGGUUUGGUAUUGGCAGGUUCACCACAGAAGAAGAGGUCGAUUACACAGCAGAGAAAUGCAUUCAGCAGGUCCACAGACUUAGAGAGAUGAGUCCUCUGUGGGAGAUGGUUCAGGAAGGCAUUGACCUGAAGAGCAUCAAGUGGACGCAACACUGAGCCCCACCCAUUUCUCGUCCACUCUUUUUUUAAAUGCCGAAGAUGAUUACGGUUCCCAAGAAAUCCUUGGGAUGGUCCAGCUUUUUGUUCCUCUUAACAAUCACGCACAAACGUCCUGUCCGACUUUAAGUCUGUUUGUAGCUGUAGCUCUUCGUUUUUGUAGAAACUCCCCAAGUUAGUCUCUCAGGAGAUGUUAACCACCAACACUGCAGUCUCUGAUGGUUGUGUCAUCAACUAUGAGCAGUUUCACUGACCGUGUGGAUGUAAAGCAUCCCCACCGCAUGAUGCUGCCUCCUCCGUGUUUCACUGUCAGGGUGGUGCUCUUGAUGAAAUCAAAAAGUGAUGCGGUUAGGAUGAUGAAAAAAAAGUGAAUUUUUGUAAAUGUUUAUUUCUGUUUGUUACAUCUGUAAGCGGGCAGUAGUGGGGAAGUGUGGUUCACUAUAAAUGUUACAUGAAAAUGGCAUCUAAAUGGGAAACGCUCCAGUUAAUGGGGAAAACCAUAAAAGUUGAAACUGAAGGCAGUGGGAGUCAUCUGAUUUUUAUUAUUCACCUGAAAGACUUCAGUUUUCCCAUCAGAUAAGCAUAUUAAACAUUAUCAUUUCUGUC